AAAAAAAAGAAAGAUGUGGAAACUGCUGAAGAAAGAAAAGCACGCAUUGAACAUAGGCGUAGCCAAAAGAAAAGGAAAGCGGAUACAGAAACUAAUGAAGAACGAGAAGAACGUCUUGCACGUGAAUGUAAUCGAAAACGCAAAGGAAAAGAUGUUGAAGUAAUCAGAGAAAGAGAGACGCUUACAGAGCACAAUCACGAACAACUGCUGAAGGCAAGUGCUGAUGGAGAAUCUACAAAAGAUGUACCCCAAGAACUCCAAGGCCUUACUAAUAGUGUAGAGAUGCUAAUUGCACAGGUUUUUCCUAUUAUAUCAGUUUAUAAUCUCCGUGAAGGACAGUAUGCAUAUCGAGAAAACAUCAUUAAUUUCUCUCAAGAUAUACAAGGUUUUGUAAUCCACUUUUCACAUCAUCCAUCAUUGUUUGACAUAUUUAUUAUACGACGGCCAUCUUUUAAUGGAUCAACUUUUCAAGACUUCCAAGUUCGAAGAGAAAAA